AGAGAGAGAAAGAGAGUCUGGAGCGAAAUGCCCAAAAAGGUAAUAGCGCUUAUAUUGGGCAGCAGGAUUAGAGGCAAUUUGCUUUCUUGCAUUUUCUAGUUGUUAUUUAGUAGGCACAAAUGGCUGUGUUAUACAGUCACUGGGGAGCCGUCGCUUGCGGGGAGCCGUCGCUUGCGGCGAGCGAGAGGGACUUCAUCUCAUCUGUUGUUGGUGUUGCAGGAAAGGACAUGAGCCAGCAACUCAACAAGAGCCAGAACUGCUCCUUCAGGGACGUGGAUGAGCUGAUGAAAACCGUGCAGCUGGUGGUCCAUAUCCCCACCUUCCUCCUGGGCCUCCUCCUCAACGUGCUGGCCAUCCGAGGCUUCAGCACCUUCCUGAAGAAGAGGUGGCCGGAUUAUGCGGCCACCUCCAUCUACAUGAUCAAUCUGGCCAUCUUCGACCUGCUGCUGGUGCUGUCCCUUCCGUUCAAGAUGGCGCUGUCCAAUGUGCGCGCAUCCCUUCCUUUCUUCUGUACCUUGGUGGAGUGCUUCUACUUCAUUAGCAUGUACGGGAGUGUCUUCACCAUCUGCUUCAUUAGUCUGGACAGAUUCUUGGCCAUCCAGUACCCAUUCCUGGUCAGCCACCUCCGGUCCCCCAGGAAGAUCUUGGGGAUCUGUUGCACCAUCUGGGUCCUGGUGUGGGCCGGGAGCAUCCCUAUCUACAGCUUUCACGGGAAGGUGGAAAAGUACACGUGCUUCCACAACAUGUCCGAUGGCACCUGGAGUGCCAAGGUCUUCUUUCCCCUUGAGGUGUUCGGCUUCCUUCUUCCCAUGGGUGUCAUGGGUUUCUGUUCAUCCAGGAGCAUUCACAUCCUGGUAGGCCGUCGGGAUCUCACCCGGGACUGGGUCCAGCAGAAGGCCUGCAUCUGGACAAUCGCGGCCAGUCUGGCUGUCUUUGUGGUCUCCUUUCUUCCGGUCCACCUGGGUUUCUUCUUGCAGUUCCUGGUACGGAACGGCUUUAUUGUGCAGUGCAGCGCUAAGCAGAACAUCAGCUUGUUCUUGCAGUUGUCCAUGUGUUUCUCCAACAUCAACUGCUGCCUAGAUGUCUUCUGCUACUACUUUGUCAUUAAAGAAUUCCGCAUGGACAUCAUGGCCCACAGGCCUUCCAGGGUCCAGCUUGUUCUCCAGGAUACCAUGAUCAGUAGGGGCUAAGGAGAGAAAGACCUAUGCAGAGGAUGAAAACCCCAGCCCAAAAUUCUGGUAGCAGAUACCCUGUUCCAAGGUUUCUGAUGUGGUGGACAAAUGUGGCACGUCUACUGGUAUGCUUUCCCUUUUGAUGCUCACCGAACACUGUCUUUGCUCCUUAUGCUCCAAAGACCUUUCCCCCGCACCCAGGCAGCUCAACAUAAAUCACCCAGUAUUUGGGAAUCUCUAAGGACCCAAGAACCAGGUGAAUUCUUUAUAAGCUCAAAAACAUGAGCCAGAAAAAUUGAAAAAAAGGAGACCAUCUGAGCAAGGCUGUUUCCCAGCUCCCCCCAUCCUUCUGUUAGACUAGAAGAUUCUGGAGAGGAAGAGAGAGGAGUUAGGAGAGAGAACCAAGAGGGUUGGUCACAGUGGAAGGUGUUCUGGGCAAAGAAGGAGGAGUAAGGAUGUAUCGAGCUCCGUUUUGGUUUGGGGGUCUCAGGGUAGAGCAGACUUACCCUUCCCAGUCCCUUCUCAGGCUCUGGUGGCCAAUAACCUCAUAACAAGUGGGGGUGAUGAGGGCAGAGCAAGAACAUACAGAGAGCCCCAAGUUUCCUAUGGGGAAGAAAGGUCCAGACAGCCAGCCAAACCUUCCUGUGCCCACGAGAAGGUGGCAGAAGGAUGAGGGAAGCUGAUGUGAACCAGGCCGUGGCGAAGCUACAGAUGCAUUGUGGAGGCAGUGGGGACAGAAUGGAAAGGUGUUGGUGGCACCUAGGGAAGGAAGGAGACAGGCCAAGGGCUGGCAGUGGACAGCCACCCCCCAUUGCCAUCAUGGCGUCCACGACACGGAGCUUUAGCUCGGACCCAGUGGGAAGAGAGGCGGUGGAGACAAGACUAAGAGAGGGGAAAUUCCUGAACGUGACCAACUUGCUACCUUGAACAGACUGGGAGAUUGUUGGUUAGGCCGUUUCACUGAGAUCGAGGAGAAAGAAUCAGGCUUGAUUGGGCUCCGCCAGAGGAGAAUAAGUCACUCAUGCUGUCUCGCCCACCUGAGUCCUGUCUGGGCGGCUGGCUGGGUGGCACUGUCCCCAGGACUGUCUCUCUCCAGGGGCCGGGAGGGAGAAAAUGAGCCAGCCAGGACUUGGAGGAACCAUCUCGAUGGCAAGGAGCUCCUGGCAGUUCCUGGUUGGAGACUGUAAACAGUCGAUCACGGUUUGGACCGGGCUUCUUGGAUGAUCUUGAGGAGGCGCUGCCGUGACAGUCGAAAGCCUUCUGAUGACUCAGGCCACUCCAGAGAAUAAAACAAUUCCAAGGAUCAAUUGUGGGGUGGUUUUGCAAGGCAGAGAGUGGGAUGAGAUGUAAGAGAUGAGACUUUGUGUGAAAAAGGGGGAGGUCUUGAGGAAGAAAAGAACCACUUUCUACCUGUAGGGAAAGAGGCUUCCACUGCCAAUUGGUGGACGGAAGGUAGGGUGGCAGGGUGGCGGGGAAGGGGGUGGUUUAGAUAAAACCCUGACGGGAGGCAGGGGCAGAGGCUGAGGUCGGGUGAUUACCCCAGGCUUGCAGCUACAGGGCUCUG